AUGGACGACGACAAUGUUCGGACACCGGAGACUUCGUCGGAGGAUUCUUUAAAUGGGCUGGAUGCUGUUUCCAUAAAUCUGGGAUUUAUUUUGGUUAAAUCAUCUUACAACAAAACCAGAGAUGGUCAGCCCUAUCGAUAUUUGAAAUGUGAUCGGGGACGGAAGAGCAAAUUGAGAGAAUUGGAGAACGCGAUACGGAAGGACACAAAAACCAAAGCUAAUGCUUUUCCUUUCUACAUCAAGAUAUAUUAUGAAUUCACCACAAAUAGUUGGAAGAUUCGUGCAAAAAAUGAUGAAAUUGGGACCCAUAAACAUCCAAUGAUUGUGUAUCAGGAGGGUCAUCGUAAAAUUAGUGGCUUAAGCCCGGGUGCCAAAAAGGUUGUGCGUGACAUGACAAAGUCCAAGGUUGCACCGCGUAACAUCAUGGCAACUAUUGUAGAGCAAUUUCCUGAUGAUCAUCCAAACAUCAGACACAUGUACAAUUGCAGGAAUGACUUGAGAACGGAGAUGUCUGAAGGCAGAGGAGUUGUUCAGCAAUUUCUUCAUUUGGCGAGAUAG